AUGUUCGACACGUUCAACACAAGCUACUUUCUAUAUAUCGCUCUCACAUUCCUUGUUGUAUCGUCAUUCACAAAUGCAUUCAUCAAGAUUCCGGCACCUACUGUUGGAUACCGGAGUCUCUUCGAGCCGACCUUUCUCCUGCGAUAUCGAUUCGUCACGAGCGCCAAGUCUAUAAUACAGGAAGGAUAUGAGAAGUCCAAGAAGAGUGCCUUCAUGGUAAAACGCCUUGACUCGGAUCUUCUCGUAUUAUCCAACAAAUACUUAGAUGAGCUUCGACUUCUCCCUAAUACUAAAUUGAGUAAUGUCCACGCGCAGGUCAAGAAUAUGCUUGGCAAGUACACUUAUACCACCUUUCUUCUCGAGAGCGAUCAACAUGUCCGAGUUCUCCAAAAUCACCUCACCCCAAACCUCCAAACCUUCCUACGACGAGCCGAAGAGGAAUUGGACUACUCCUUUCAGGCGGAUAUUCCACAGAAUGAAGAUUGGACGGAAGUCGAUAUACAACGGAUCCUCCGAACAAUGGUAGCGCGAGCGUCUUUGAAAGUUUUCGUCGGUGAUUCAGCCUGCAGGAAUCCAACUUGGAUCAAACUUUGCCUUGACUUCCCUAUUAACAUUUUUGCUACUGCGUUCGUUAUGCGACUAUUUCCGCCCUUCCUUCACCCUAUGAUCUCAUGGUUCCUGCCGACACGAUAUUGGCUUCGCCAAAACUUGACAUUGGCGAAGAAACUGGUUACUCCAAUCAUCAAGGAUCAUCAGAUACAGGCUACAUCCAAUCUUGAUGAUAGAACGGUAAAGGGCACACUUCUUGAGUGGAUGAUUGAAAAUGCUAGAGGCCAGGAAGGAAACCCUGAAACUCUUUCAGCACGACUCAUGAUACUCUCAAUGGCCUCUAUUCACUCCACAUCUUCUGCAAUCGCCGCUGCUAUAUUUGACCUUUGCACGCAUCCAGAAUACAUCGGGCUGCUACGAAAAGAGCUUCUGGACGUAGUGGGGGACUCGAGGGGCUUCUCCAAACAAGACCUAAACCGCCUUCGAAAGCUCGACUCCUUCUUAAGAGAGUCGCAGCGCUUCAACCCGCCUAUUCUUCUAUCACCCCAGCGCGUCGCCGUCACAGAUAUUACCCUACGUGACGGCCUCGUAAUCCCCAAAGACCAAUCCAUCGCCUUCCCUUCUGCCAACCUCAUGACAGACCCUACACUCGUCCCCAAUCCCGAAACCUUCGACGCCUUCCGAUCCUACCGUAAACGCGAACAACCCGGUAAAUCGAUGAUGCACAUGAUGGUAUCUACCGAAAAAGACCAUUUAUACUUCGGACACGGGAAGCAAGCUUGUCCUGGGCGGUUUUUCGCUGCCAAUGAGAUUAAGAUUAUCGUCGCGAGGCUUUUACUGGAUUUCGAGUUUAGACUGUCGGAAGGGAAAGGGGGGUUUAGGACCUGGACGGUGGAUGAAAUGUGUUUUGCAGAUCCGAGGGCCAGGAUUGAGAUGAGGAGGCGGAUGUAA